GUCUGCUUACCUGCAUGGGAUCGAUACCCACAUAUGACGUCAUUCGAAAUAACUUAUUUACUGCACUACCAAAUGUCCAGUGGACAUAUUCCUGUCCAUUGGAUCCAAUGGACAAAUCAAAUGUCCACUGGACAUAUCUAUGUCCAUUGGAUCCUUAUGCCUGUCCAUUGGAUCCAAUGGACAAAUCAAAUGUCCACUGGACAUUUCAAUAUGUCCAUUGGACAUCUUGCAGAGGUAUUGGACCUCCAAAAUGUUGUCGAUCCGUACCAUUGGUAACGGAUGGACUGGAAAUUCACGAUCGGAAAAUAUGA